CAGCUGCCUAGCACCACUCUUGAGGAAAAUCAAGAUAAUUUUAGACCCUUCUACCUUAAGUAGUUGAGCAUUCUUAUCUGCUUCUACGAAAAGACGGAUUCAAAUCACACAAAUGGAUUCAAAUCACACAAAUACAUGAGGAUUUUGAAUUUGUUAAGAAAAAAAAUUGAGGAAUUCUAUAAAUAAGUUGGUUGCAAAUGGUAUUGUGUAAUGUGUAAUUCAAACAAUUUCAGAAAGUACUAAAACAGUACUCAUGAUGUAGGUGUUUGAUUACUGUUUCUUUGUUGAGACCAGGAGGAGAAGAUAGAAAGCUAGCCAGAUUAUUGAGGAUGAGAUAACACAUAUUCUGGUGUAAAAAAUAGCGGAAUAUUUUCUCCUAAAAAUCCUAGUAUAUAUUUAUAUAUAAUUAGUAAAUCACCAUGCUGAAGCAUUUGGCUGCUCCAAGACCUUUAAAGGGUGUACCAGUGCCAAUUUCAACCUUACCAUCUUCAACUAAUGAAACAACAAUUAAUUGCAGAGGAAUAAGAGCUAGCCUUACAGAUUCUGGUCGAAAUAAGCCAAAUUUUCCGCUAUCGAGUAGUUUACAGUCAAAUUUAAACAGUUCGCAGCCUUACCAGAAAGAAGCUAUUGGGAAAAUGGGGUUGGAACAUUUCAAUUUGAAACCAACAAAACAGCCAGAAAAGAAUGUAGACAAUCUAUUUGAAGGAAGGUUGCUGCAGGGUGGGCUUGUUUUCCAGCAAAACUUCUCGAUUAGAGUAUCCGAGCUUGACUCAUUUGGCAAAGCAUCAAUAAGGGCCUUGAUCAAUAUUUUACAGGAAUUAGCAUUUAACCACUUCAAAUAUGCUGGGAUUCUGUCUGAUGAUUUCGGUUCAACACCGGAGAUGAAAAAAAGAAAUAUGACCUGGAUUGUUUCUAGAAUGCAGAUUGUGGUGGAUAGUUAUCCUUCAUGGUCUGAUGUGAUUCAAGUAAAAACUUGGACCUGUGUGUCAGGAAGGAAUGGUAUGCGCCGCGAUUGGAUUGUGAGUGAUUUCAACACAGGGGAAACUCUGCUUCGAGCAGUCUGUGUGUAUGUGAUGAUGAAUAAGAGGACUAGAAAAUUGUGCAAGUUCAUUAAUGAAGUCAAGGAGGAAACCAAGGGCAUUUUUAUGGACACUGCUGAUCCAAUCAUCGAUGACAAGGAGGAUGGCAGAAAACUAAGGGAUUUGGAUGUCGAAACUGCAGAUAUUGUCCACACAGGUUUAUUGCCCAAAUGGAGUGACCUGGAUUUCAAUCAACAUGUGAACCAUGUAACAUAUAUUGACUGGCUUCUUGAGAGUGUUCCUCAUUGGAUUUUAGAGAGCCAGAAGCUGUCAAGUAUAACCUUGGAAUUCAGGAAGGAGUGUGGGAUGAACACUGUGCUGCAGUCUUUAUGUACGGUUGCAAGAGAUGGCUCUACAAAAAGUGAAGGGGUUGAGCUGGAGCACACUAUUUGCCUUGAAAAACAAUCCCACAUAUUAUUGAGGGGAAGGACAUCGUGGAUGCCAAAAAGUGCUCAAUUAGAAACUAAACUCUAAAACAGACGCAAUUUCUGACCAAUUCUAAUUGUAAGUCUAUUUCUUUUGAGGAUAUAUCACUAUGCCCAACUAGAAAGAGAAUUUAAAACAUGGGUGGUUUUGGUAAGCAUUGAAGCAUAAUAAUGGAAUUAAUGGUUCUUCUUAUCCUUGUAUAUAAAUCAAAGACAAUUGCUUGGAUAAGAAGAUGCCGGGUUUGAAUUUAGUAUUUGUACUAGUAAUUGUUUUCAUGUAAGAAUACCAUGGAUAAUUCCAUUCCUUACUUAAUAGAGAUUGCUUGGAGAUUGAAAAAAAUCCCGGUCGAGACAUACCAUUCCAUUUUCAGAUUUUAUUUUUAAAAAAAUAAUAAAUUAAAAAGAAUAUACUUGAAGACA